CGUGGACAUCGAGUUCCGUAGGAAGAGCCGAUGCUGGAUAAAUUCGUAUUCAAUAGAGUGGUAGAGAGCGUGAACUAUAUAUGAUUUGGGUUUAACUUCGUCAGAUUGGUUUGACAGAAAUACAGUGACAGAUCAUUUUUUAUAUCUCAUUGAUUCGGAACAACAGCAUUGCGGUUUCCAGGAAAGAUGAGCAAAACAAAUGGCAAGGCAGUGAAUUUGAAGGACAAGCUGGACGGCAAUGAGUUGGACCUGAGUCUAUGUAACCUGACGGAGGUGCCUGUAAAAGAACUGGCUACUCUUACGAAGGCCACUGUGUUGGAUCUUUCCUGUAAUAACCUCACCAUUCUUCCAUCUGAGUUCUGUGGCCUCACUCACUUGAUGAAACUGGACCUCAGUAAAAACCAGCUGGUGCAGCUGCCCCCUGAACUGGGGCGUCUCGUUUCCCUGCAGCACCUUGACCUCUACAACAACAAGCUGUGCAGCCUGCCUGUCAGUUUGGCAAAGCUCAAGAAUCUGAAAUGGCUCGACUUGAAGGAUAACCCUCUGGAGCCGGCCCUGGCCAAGGUGGCAGGAGACUGCCUGGAUGAGAAGCAGUGCAAGGAGUGUGCAGCCCGGGUUUUACAACACAUGAGAACCAUUCAAUCAGACCAGGACCGGGAGAAACAGCGCCGCCUGCUUGCAGAGAGAGAGCGAGAGAAGAAGCGCGAGGUGGAGCAGAGGCUACGGGAGGCGAGGGAGAGAGAGGCCCGCAAGCGAGAGAAGGCUGAGGAGAAGGAGCGGAAGAGGAGGGAGUACGAGUCACAGAGAGCAGCGCUGAUCCACCAGCAGGAGAGUGAGGAGAAGACAGAGCGUGAAGUGCAACGACAUGCCUCAGCCACAAGCUCUGCCCCCAAAGCGAAGGUCUCUGUGAUUGGUGCUCUGCUGAAGCUGCUGCUCUUCCUAUUGGUGGGUGGGGUGGGUGUGGUGGCGGUGUGUCAGUGGACUGAGCUGCAGAGGGAGCCUGUCUGCCGGUCUCUCAACACUCUGUACGAGGAGGCUGUGAGCAUGCUGCAGGGACAGGAGGUGGUGAGCAGGCUCCUACAGAAACUCUCCCAGCAGCAGCAGCAGCAGCCCUGAGCAGCAGGGGGGUCAGCCCAGGGCUGCUCAGAUGUCUAUAGAUUUGGUCAGGUUUUUUUAAUUUAUUUUUUCAGUCAAAGCAAAAAUGGUUUUAUAAAAUACCAGAAUUGCAAUGGCUGCCUGACACUUUUUUGUUUUGACAAAUCAAAUCUUAUACAAGUCGUACAGCUUAACAACAUGAUAUCAGCAUUCCUGACAGUCAAAAUGCAUACAAAUGGAUGUGCUAAGAAAUCAAAUGAAAGACCAAAUACUGUUUGUAAAUUUAAGGAACAUUUACAUUGACUGCAGAACUAUUUAUUCAUCAAAAUGAAAAACAAACCUAUGUGUUUGUAUUGCCUGUGUUGUGUACGAAUAGGCCUGUAUGUAUGUUUCCACAUUCAUGCACACAGAUGUGCUGGCAGGUUGGGACACUGUAUUGUUCAGGGGUUCCUGUCUGUUUUGUGGUUUGUAUUUUUGUCCAAUACAUUUUGCUUUUAUUAUCUGCCAGGCUUUCUUUAUCUUUUGGGGUGCAGUUUGAACCAACAGUCCUGCAGGUAUCCACAGGGGCUGCCUGUUUACACAGGGGGAUUCCCUGCUGUAUUGGAAAUGCUAGUUUGUUUAGAUCAGAAUUACAAAGUGAUGCUUUAUUCUGUAUUCUAAAUCUUGAAAAUAAACACUGCUGUGCAGAGG